AUGGGAUUUAUACCGUCUUAAGUUUGAUUUUAAAAUGCUUCGUAGGACUUUCAAACGGCUUUUGGGCUACACACCCAUUAACCCAGAUACUUCACCUAUGGUAGCCUACAGCCAAUACCACUGGCAUUACAACCUCCCGCAGGGUAUGGACCGUCCACAUAGCGUCAAUCGGACCCUUCCCGCACCUUUCCAAAGCAUGCAUAGUUCUGUUAAUAAAUAUCGUGGCGUGUGGGUUCCGACAGACAUGGAUCCCGCCUUCCUUGUCGCCUUAGAACCGCAGCUAAAAAAAUUGCCUCACGGCAGGUGCGUUCCAAAAACCCCUGUAGAAGAGGUUGUGUCGGAAUUCACAAAAUUAGCCCCACUUAUCGAUGACAAAGACGCAAAGGAUGCAUGGCUUGCAAAAAUAUUCCAGCAUUGCGGCUUUCAGCGAAGCGGUAGUCAGGCAGUGGAAUUGUGGGAGCAAUACUGUAAGCCACGCUUUAUGGAUAGUGGGGAAAAGCCGCCCCUUCCAUUAAUUAACGCGAUUCUCUUUUGUUAUAGCAAGUCAGAUCACGUCGGGUGGAAGCCUAUAUUCGAGAAAUGCUUGAAGCACGGGUGGAACUAUACCCCAUUCUUUGAUACACCCCAAUGGAGCUAUCUGCUCAAAAGCGUAGGAAGACAAGGUGAUGAAGAGGGUGUACAAUUGAUAUUGGAGGAGAUGCUGGAUGUGCAGGCAGAUUUAGAUCGAAUAGCAGCUCGAUCGAUCGUUAUUGCGCUAAACGCUGUGAAGAAUGCAUCUAUUUACAACUUCAUCAAAAGGUACCUUUUCCAUUUUGGGGAGCGCAAGGUGAAGUUUCUGCGCAUAACAUACUCUGAUUUGCGUGGGCAUGGGGCCACCAAACUUCGAGUUCCUCUAGUGGAAAACGAUGCGAUGUAUUACCAUGUGUGCUGGCAUGCUAGCAUCCGCUUACCAAGACAGUUUUCACCCCGACAGCUAUACUUUGACUAUACCCCAUCGACUCUUUCUGCGAACAUGCAUAGCCCUAACGCCAAGAUUGAUGAUAUUGUGAAAGAUAAGAUCGAGAAGUGGAAGAUAGAGGGACUUCUUCCAGAGGAUUAUGUGCAUGAGGAUCGCGUAUACGAUCGCACCACUGCGUUCAAGAAUAUUACACGACAGGAGAGAUGGAAGAAGGUCCCACGUUUGGUCAAAAGCAAGCGUUUAGGUUAUACUGGUGACUAGGAACUACGAGAGUUAGUUAGGGAUUUGUUAUUUCAAAGUGGUAUAUUAGUUCUCCUUGCUACCGACCAUGUACAAGGGAUUGCGGUAGAAGGAACCAAUGAGUGUCUGUGUAAAA